AUUUAUAUUUAAAGUUUUAUUGCAGAAAGCAACUGUAUUUCGGGAUAAAAGCUUUCAAAUAAAUUUCAUUCAAUUCGACACCAGAUCAGAAAAACCGAUAAGAGACAAGAAUGGGAGAUGUAUCCAUAUAAAACCAGGUGAGGUGGGUCUCGUUAUUUGUGGGGUAAACGAAGAAUUCUACUCUGGAUUUUACAAAGGUUCUAAGGAAAUGAACGAGAAAAAAUUCAUCCGAGACGUAUUUGAGGAGGGGGAUCGCUGGUUUUCAUUCGGUGACCUGAUCUACCUGGAUGAAAACUACAAUGUGUAUUUCAGAGAUAGAACUGGGGACACAUUUAGGUGGAAGAGUGAGAAUGUCUCCACUGCUGAAGUAGCUGACGUCAUGAGUCGUAUUCCGUUCAUCCGUGACGUCAAUGUUUACGGUGUAACAAUUCCAGGUGAAGAUGGGCGAGCAGGAAUGGCGGCCAUUCUUCUGAAAAAUGAAACCGAUAAAAUUACAGACGACAAAUUGCGAACGAUUUACUCAGUCUGUGAGAAGGAACUUCCGAAUUACGCUCGCCCUGUAUUCCUUCGCUUCAUGCCGGAUUUUAUCGUCACACAAACAAUGAAGAACCGGAAGGUGGAGCUGGUGGAGGAAGGUUAUGACCUUGGAAAGGUCAAGGACCCACUGUACUUCAUUGACUCAAAAAACAAAACCUACUCUCCUUUGUCCCUGGAAAAUUUCCAAAUUGUAAUGUCUUCAAAAUUAUGAAAAAAAGGGGGAAAAGUGUCUUGCUGAUAAAGGUGCUUUCUUCAAAAUGUGAUUUAUUUACCAAAAAAAAUGUUAG